GUACUUUUAUCUGUCACUUUAAUUGUCAGAAAUGAGUCAAAAUUAUUACGAAUUUUAUGAAAUAUUUAUUUAAAUAAUAUAAAGAGCAUACCUUUCAGUAAUACAAAAGAACAAGAGAAUAAAAAAAUAUAAAUAUGUUUAAAUUGCUGAGUCGCCAAGGACGUCGCAGUGCCGUUCUUAACUUGUUCAGUGAUAAAGUAGAGGUUAGGCCGGUAAAGGUAUAUUACGUAUAUUCAGCUGCAGCUGCUACUACUAGAUUUGCUUCUACUAACCAUGUUGAUCCCGGAAAAGUAUCUACUAUAUCAGAGAAUAUACCAGAGCCACCUCCAGUGCCGGAUAUAUCCACUGUUGGUGAAAUAUCUGAAGCUGUACAAUCUUUGAGCGCUAAUGGUGAGGCCACUUUUGCCAGUUUAGGCCUUGGAGGAUGGAGUCCUGUUGGGUUGGUACAGAAUGCGCUAGAAUACCUUCACGUAUCAUUAGAUGUACCGUGGUGGGGAGCUAUACUCAUUGGCACCAUAGUCGUAAGAGUAGUUAUGUUUCCACUUGUUAUUCUGUCACAACGGAAUACAGCAGUUAUGAAUAAUAAUUUACCAGAAAUUCAGUUAUUGCAAGUUAAGAUGACACAGGCACGACAAUCUGGUAAUCAGUUGGAGACAGCUCGUUAUGCUCAGGAAAUGAUGAUGUUUAUGAAGGAGAAAGGAUUAAAUCCAUUAAAAAAUAUGAUUGUUCCAUUAGCUCAAGCACCUCUCUUCAUUUCUUUCUUUAUGGGACUGAGAGGAAUGGCAAAUUGUCCUGUUGAGAGCAUGUCAUAUGGGGGUCUAUGGUGGUUUGCAGAUUUAACAGUACCUGAUCAGUUCUUCUUACUACCUAUUAUUACUAGUGCAACAUUGUAUGCCACAAUUGAACUUGGAGUAGACGGAGGAAGGAUGAAUAGCUCAAAUAUGCAAUUAAUGAGAUAUUUUCUUCGGGCGGUCCCAAUUAUAAUGUUACCAUUUACAGUAAACUUUCCAGGGGCUAUUUUGGUUUAUUGGUGUUCCAGUAACUUCAUUUCGUUAUUGCAAGUGGGUGUUCUUAAAGUGCCAAAGGUUAGAGAUUAUUUUAAGAUACCCAAACUAAUAAGCCAUUCUGCAGAGAAUCUCCCCAUUAAAAAGAAGGGGUUUAUUGAAGGAGCAAAGGAUUCUUGGACAAACAUGAAAAUUUCACGAGAUUUGGCUGAUAGACAACGAGUUGAUGAGUUGAUAUUUACAAAAGCAGGAAGAGGGGCCCCGCAAAAAACAUACAAAUAUGAUCCCACUAAAUUAUCAAAUGUGCAAGCAAAACCUAAGUAGGUUUUUAUUUUAGAUAUGUAGUAUUAUAUAUGCCUAUAAAUAAUAAAGUAAUGUUUGUUUUAAAAACA